CGCACUGCGCAGCGGUUUUUUCGAUCUGCGGAGCUGUUAGCUUCAAACAGCUAACAUGUUAGCUCAGCUCACAUACAGCAAACUGUCGCAUUUACUGAGGGUCUGUGUGAAUAAACCGUCAGUUCUCGGAACCGGUACCGAGAUGAACACCGGAGCUUCCUGCUGGCUGCAGGUGAAACGCCGCCAGCGGUCGGUGGACAGUAAAUCUCUGGCAGAGCGUCAGAAGCAGCAGAUGGCCAGAAGUCUUCCCAAACAGAAGUCCAUCUCAGGAGUCCAUCAGGUGUUGGUGGUGGCUUCAGGGAAAGGAGGCGUUGGGAAAUCCACCACUGCAGUGAACUUGGCGCUGGGAUUAAUAGCCAAUGAUCCGUCCAAGUCGGUGGGUCUGCUGGAUGCUGAUGUUUACGGACCGUCCAUCCCCAAACUGAUGAACCUGAAGGGAAACCCGGAGCUCAGCGACAAUAACCGCAUGAUUCCUCUGAUCAACUACGGCGUUCCCUGCAUGUCCAUGGGCUUCUUGGUGGAGGACGCUGCUCCCAUCGUCUGGAGGGGGCUGAUGGUGAUGUCUGCUAUAGAGAAGCUUCUCCGACAGGUUGACUGGGGCUCGCUGGACUAUCUGGUGGUCGACAUGCCGCCUGGAACCGGAGAUGUCCAGCUGUCCAUCACCCAGAACAUCCCCAUAGCAGGUGCGGUCAUCGUGUCGACGCCUCAGGACGUGGCUCUGCUUGACGCUCGGCGAGGAGCCGAGAUGUUCCGGAAGGUGAACGUUCCGGUUCUGGGUUUGGUGCAGAACAUGAGCAUCUUCCAGUGUCCCAACUGCAACCACCAGACCCACAUCUUUGGUUCUGACGGGGCCCGGCAGCUCGCCGACACUCUGGGAGUCCAGUUCUUAGGUGACGUUCCGCUGCACCUGAACAUCAGAGAGUCGUCGGACCGAGGACGGCCAGUGGUCGUGUCCAGUCCGGACAGCCCCGAGGCGGCGGCGUAUCGAUCGCUGGCAUCUGCAGUCGUCCAGAGACUUCAGGAAGUGAGCGGCUGAACGUUGUACAAACAGAAAGCUGCUGUCCGAACGCACAAGAAGAGAGAAACUGAACAAAUGUCAGUUUGAUAAAAGUGUCUGAAGCUUUUUAAUGUAUUUAAUAAACUAAAUAGAAAUUCA